AUGGCCGGUAAGCAGGUUGAAGCUAAUAUCCUACCAACAGCUGCUACGAACGACGCGAAAGUUAACAACGGCGCGAAGGAAGAGACCAAGAAGCGUCAGAGAAUAAACAACGGUCUUCUUCUAGUCCCAACACUACUAUAUCGUCGCGCUUUCUACAAGUACACCUGGGAACCGAUACAGAAGAUACGACAAACGAAGGAAAUUGAUAAGACUUUGGUCUCAAUUGUCAAUUUUGUGGAGGAUAAAUAUGCGGAGCUCCAGUCUGUGCAGGUUGCUCUAGACAUUGAAGAUCAUACAAGUACUUUGGCUGACAACUAUAUGCUAGGCUACCCUAUCCUUGGCUCAGUGCCUGAGGUACCAGAGAAGAAUGGUUUCAUCAAAUUCGCAGAUUGGGGCAAGCAAUACGGGCCUAUCUAUCAAUGCAACCUGGCUGGUCACAAUCAUGUCUGGAUAUCUAGUGACCAGAUUGCCAAAGAUCUGCUGUCGAAGAGAGCAGCCAUCUACUCGGACCGACCACAUAUUCCGUCUUUGAUAGACGAUAACCGCUCAAGCGCCCAAUAUCUCCCGCUACUCAGUCGAAAUGAGGGCCAUACUCGUCAAAGAAAGUUUGCAAACAUCAUCAUGCGGGAAUCGGAGAAGGCUGCGUUUCAUCGAUACCCUGAGAUGGAAUCAAAACGUAUGUUGACCGAGCUGCUGGACGCACCGGAUCAGUACAACCACAUCCUCGAGUCCUUUAUAUCUCGUGUCACUUGUCGACUUGCUUGGGGUCACAGCGAAGGCAGCGAUGAGCUGAAGCAACGCGCGCGCGAGCUUCUCAUCGGUGUUUCACCUACCGGCUCUCUCAGCAACAAGCUUCCAUUCCUCAUGUCACUUCCCGACUGGCUCUCCCCACCCAAAGCCUGGGAAAGACGACGUGCGACCACUGAACGUACAUGGUUCCAAACCAUGCAAGAACAAGUGGUGAACGACAUGCAGUCAGGACAAGCGGCUCCAUCCUGGAUGAAAACCUUCUUGAACGGUCGCAGCAAAUGGGGCUUCAAAUCUGACACCGAAGGCGCAUAUGCUGUAGGCAUGCACGGUAUCGCUGGAGCUCUUACUAUCGCUGCUCCUAUGCAGACCUUUUGCUUAGCCAUGACACACUACCCACAGUUCUUGCCCAUGCUUCAUGAGGAGCUUGAUCGUGUCUGUGGAGAUCGAAUGCCACGUUCAGAAGACCGACCCAACCUUCCUUUUCUACGAGCCAUCAUUCGCGAGUGCAUUCGAUGGCGCCCACCAGUCCCCACUGGUAUCCCUCACUACCUGAUUCAGGAUGACGAGUACAACGGCUAUCAUAUUCCCAAGGGUAGCACUAUCCAUCCUUUGGAGUGGGCCAUCUCCCGCGAUCCUGAUAUAUACCCCGACCCAGAAGCUUUCAACCCUCUGCGAUGGAUCAAACCAGAGUACCCCACCUACCAAGAACCUCUUACCCAGUAUCCAACUAUAAUCAACUCGACACAAUUCGGUUAUGGUCGAAGGACGUGCACUGGUCAGGCUGUAGCUGACGAGGAUCUGCUCAUUGGCAUUGGUGCCAUUGCCUGGUUGUUCGACAUCAAGAAGUUAUCGGAAAACUCGACGAUGCCGCCCAUCACGAAGCCCAUGAAGACAGAACACAAGAUUGGCAUGAACGAGAAGGCCUCCAUCUCCAACGAGGAGCUCAACGCAGGUCUCGAUACAACGGAGCCAACCAUGGAAGGAAAGAUACUCGCAAAGUUCACAUAUCCUGGAUCCGAUCCAUCAAACAGCGCACCGAAGAAAUCGAAAUCGGCCGAGCCAGCGUACAAGCCCCUAGAAUGGGGCGACAUCACCAAAAAGCCUGAGGAUCCGACACUCGACUACUCCAUUCUACUCAUCGCAAAACCAAUACCCUUCAAAUUCGAUCUCAAGCCUCGUGACACUCUACGGAUAAACACGGUGCGCAAUCUAUUCAACGAGGGCGUCGAGAACGGCGACUAUCCCGAGACUCGGGAGUACUGGGGUCCAAACCAGGGACGAGGUUUACCUGUGGGCUGGAGUAAAGUGUGA